UCGUCUGUGGAUUGUGGAAUUGCGGUUGUUUCUGCUUUGGGGAUAUCUAACCCAUACAGUAUCCUAAAGGUUAUUUGAAGUACCUAGAGUAGGUUGAAUAAUAGGGAUAUUCCAAGUCCAAAUAUUAUCAUAAUAUUCAGCUCAAUUAAGUUGAUUGCUUUCCUCCACCUAUCCGGAAAAUAGACAUGGACGAAGAGAAGAAACGUUUUAUAGAGCGGGGCUCUCACAAAGGGAAGGGGAUCGCCGUGUUCACCAGUGGUGGCGACUCUCAAGGUAUGAAUGCUGCUGUGAGAGCAGUUGUGCGAAUGGGGAUAUAUCUUGGAUGCAAGGUGUUCUUCAUCAAAGAAGGCUACCAAGGAAUGGUGGAUGGAGGGCCAAAUAUAGUUGAGGCUAACUGGUCUUCUGUUUCCUCAAUCAUUCAUAAGGGAGGAACUGUCAUUGGGUCUGCCCGUUGUGCUGAUUUCCGAGAACGCAGUGGGCGUGAGAAGGCAGCAAAAAACUUGAUUGAGAAAGGAAUUACAAACCUGGUUGUGAUUGGAGGAGACGGGUCUCUCACUGGUGCAAAUCUGUUCCGUCAAGAAUGGCCAAGUCUGCUGGACUCAUUGCUGGAAAGCGGUGAAAUCACAAAGGAACAGAGGGAAAAGUACAAGUACCUACAUAUAGCCGGUCUGGUCGGCUCUAUAGACAACGACUUCUGUGGGACUGACAUGACGAUAGGUACAGACUCCGCGUUGCACAGGAUCAUCGAGGCCAUCGACGCCAUCGUCUCCACUGCGUACUCUCAUCAACGCACCUUUAUCAUGGAGGUCAUGGGCCGCCAUUGUGGGUACCUUGCAUUAGUAGCUGCCUUAACCAGUGAAGCAGACUUUGUCUUUAUACCUGAGUGGCCACCUGAAAGAGACUGGGCCAACAAGAUGUGUAAAAAGUUAUUACAGGAAAGAGCAGCAGGGCAGCGACUCAACAUUAUCAUCGUAGCGGAAGGGGCAAUAGAUAGAGACGGAGUUCCUAUCACAGCUGAGAAAGUCAGGCAAGUCGUUGUGGACAAGUUGAAGCAAGAUACCCGAAUCACCGUGUUGGGACACGUUCAACGAGGUGGCAGUCCUUCAGCAUUUGACAGAGUUCUGGGCUGCAGGAUGGGUGCUGAGGCAGUCAUGGCUCUGAUGGAGGCUACCCCAGACACUGAGGCUUGUGUUGUGUCUCUAGAUGGCAACCAGGCCGUCAGACUACCUCUCAUGGAGUGUGUAGAGAGGACCAAAGCUGUGGCAAAGGCUAUGGAAGACAAACAAUGGGAACUAGCUGUCCAGCUCCGUGGAAGGAGUUUUGCCCGAAACUUGGAAACAUACAAGAUGUUGACAAGAUUAAAACCUCCAAAAUCUGCUUUUGAUGAGUCUGGAAAGGGAUUGCAUACACUCACCAAGCAAGACACUUUGUGGGGCAUGGAAGGCUACACCUUGGCGGUUAUGCACAUUGGAGCUCCUGCCUGUGGAAUGAAUGCAGCCGUACGUUCGUUUGUCAGGAACUGUAUCUACCGGGGCGACACUGUCUACGGCAUACACGAUGGUGUUGAGGGCUUGAUCGCUGGAAAUGUACAAGUGAUGAAGUGGUCAGACGUGACAGGAUGGGUAGGUCAGGGCGGAGCUAUGUUAGGCACCAAGAGAACCCUCCCCGGCGGACGUAUGCCUCAAAUAGCUGCCAGACUCAAGGAGUUCAAGAUACAGGCUCUCCUCAUCAUUGGAGGAUUUGAGGCUUACCAAGCUGGUCUGCAAUUCACUGAGAACCGUAGUAACUUUCCGGAAUUCUGCAUCCCCAUUGUUGUCAUCCCCUCCACUAUCAGCAAUAACGUUCCUGGCACAGAGUUCUCCUUAGGUUGUGACACUGCCCUUAAUGAGAUUACUGAGAUUUGUGAUCGCAUCCGCCAGUCUGCACAAGGCACUAAGCGUCGAGUGUUUGUCAUUGAGACAAUGGGUGGUUACUGCGGUUAUCUGGCUACCGUAGCAGGACUAGCAGGUGGGGCAGAUGCUGCUUACAUUUACGAAGAGAAGUUUUCAAUAAAAGACUUGCAACAAGAUGUCUAUCACAUGGCUUCAAAAAUGGCAGAAGGGGUGCAAAGAGGUCUAAUCCUAAGGAAUGAAAAAUGUAAUGAUAACUACAACACAGACUUCAUCUAUAGACUGUACUCAGAAGAAGGAAAAGGACUUUUUAGUGCCAGAAUGAACGUGUUGGGCCACAUGCAACAGGGAGGCUCUCCAACUCCGUUUGACCGCAACAUGGGCACUAAGCAGGCUGCCAAGACUGUAGAGUGGAUGAUAGAACAGCUGAAGAAGUACACGAGGGAGGACGGAUCAGUGUUUGCAGAUACCCCUGACACAGCUGUCAUGAUGGGAGUGGUGCGGCGGCAGUACAGGUUCACACCACUAUUGGACCUGAAGAAGGAGACUAACUUUGAGCAGCGCAUCCCCAAGCACCAGUGGUGGCUGAAGCUACGGCCGUUGCUCAGGAUCCUCGCCAAGCACGACUCUGCCUAUGAGGAAGAAGGGAUGUACAUGACUGUGGAGGAGGGCAGUCAUGACUCUCUCGUGGUCUAAACUAGUAUAAACAUGCAUUACAUGUCUAUCUUGCAAUAAGUUAGCUUGACACUAGCACGGCGUGUGUCGCAGCAAGGUUUUUAUUUAGUGAUCAGAAUUAAAUCGACGUUUACGAGGGUAAGUUCCUAUUCAUUGAAAAAGGUUUGGUUGAAUUUGAAAACUGCACAUAAUUUUUGUCUGUUAUGUAUAAGUUGACUUGUAAAUUUAUUUUUAAAUUUUGUACAUGGAGAUUAUUCAGAUUCAUUGAAGACAUGGCAAAUCUUGGGUGUGAUGUAUUGACGAUUUCUCAAAUUCAGGCCAGUGGCUCUUUAACAAUUUUAAGGGUUUUUGUUUUAUUUGUUGUAGUUUAUUUAUUUAUUGUCAAAGUUAAAGUGGAAAUGUUUUAUUCAUAAAAACAUUGUAGUUAAUUAAUAUUCAGAGCAUUAGAGCAAAAUUAUGGUACGUCAACAACAAUUUAUUAACAUUUCUAACAUUUCAUUGACAUGCAUAGUGUUACUGUCAUUCAUCAACAGAAGUGGCUGGUUUGGAGCGAUUUUUAACUAUAAUGUGAUUAUUUAUGAUAUCUAAUGUUGUUUCAAGAGCUUUUCCUUUUGAUACGUACCAAAUGCACGUAAUGCAAUUAAUUCCUAGCAAAGUAAAUAAUACAGUAGAACCUCAAUAACAGGUCACCCUUGUUAAAAAGUGUUAUUUUCAAAUGGCAUAGAAUUUAUUUGAUCAUUAAUCACAUGUUAUUGCAAACAUCGAUAAGAAGUCAACUUCGAUAACAAGUUUUGUUUCAUAAACCCCAAGAGAACCUUGUUAUCAAGGGGCUACUGUAACACUAUCAAGGAUCUAAAACUAGAUGCGAGUCCUUGAAUCCACAUAACACAUCACCAAAUGAGACAUUCACAAUUCUUGAUGACUGCUAGUGUAAUUUACUAGUGUGAUUAGUGUGGUAACUAGUGUGAUUUCGAUGUUAUUCAAAAGCUAAAGAUGCAGUCAAGUUACAAUUUACUUCUCUACAGAUACAUUAGUUUGCCUGUAUCCAUUUACUGUCAUACCGUGCCAUACUAUAGUUUCAACAAACCCUACUAAUUAGUGGGCAACUUACCAAAGGUAACAUAUUUUACUUUUUAAUGUAAGGAAAUAUUUAGGGGACUAUUUUGUUAUAUUCAUGGUUUUAAGUAUUAUGAAUUAUUGUUAGUAAACAAAAACUGUAUCAGUUUUAAGACUCAACUAGUCAUGGUUCUAAAAAGUAAUAUAUUUGCUGCUAUAGUACAAUAUGUCACACCACUUUUGUGUUCUAAAACAAUUUAUUUUCAUAUACAAUUUCUCUACAGUAUUGGUUGAAAACGUACCAGUGGUUUUGGUUUUACAUCAAUGGGAUAGUGUUAGAAUGUGAAAAGCUAGUUAAGCUACAAAACCAUUUCGGUCUGUGGUACGAACGCUAUUUUUCACCACACUAUACCCUAUUACCAUUAUUCACCACAAUAAUAAUGCAGAUUGAUAGUCAAAAGAAGAUAGGUGUGGUGAAAAUAUUGUUAAUUUAAGACAGAUCUGAUGUAAAUCAUAUGGACAUUAAGAAUUCAAUACAUUAUUUUUGUGAUAUAAGUUUUUUAAAUGGAUUCAAGAAAUAUUAUUUACAGUUUUCAAUAACCAUUUCUGUACUCAGGUAAUUAUUUUUGUCAAAAUUACUAUAAAGUUUAUCUGAAAAGAUGCAUUUUUGUAAACAAUAAAUUCAGGCCUGCCCAGUAAAGAUGUAUAUCAAAUCAAGUUUUAAGAUAUUGAAUGCACACAACUGCUCUAGCAUAGGUUUUAUAGCGAAACCUGUUUGUUCUCAGGAAGUUUUGUUAUAUUUUAUAUCCGAGACAAUAAACAAAUUGUUGUAAACAAUAACUUUGAACACAUCAAAUAGAACAAGAGGUCUUAGUUUGAAACUAGGCUUGUAAUUUUUUUAUUACAAUGGUUCAUAAAUUUUUUCAUCAGUCCAAAAUAGCAAUUAUUCAAACUAGAUUAGUAAAAUAAAAUAAAUCCAUCACCCAAGCCAGUUAGCCGGCAGGUUACCUGCCUCAAGCAACUCCUCUGGCCUCCUGUAAAUGCAGCUUAAGAGAAGUUGUAAUAGUUGCAUAUUUUUAUAUAAGGCUGUUCAAAAUAAUGUCUAGAUUAUGAACUAUAGCAAUUUAGCAGCUUUUUAUGUUUUUGUUUUAGACAUGGAAGUCAUGUAAUGUAAUAUGGUAAUAUAUAUAUAUGUUAUUAAUUAUGAAUCCCUAUACAUUACUUUAUCCCUGGAUUACUCAAGGAAUAAUGAAAAUAUGCUUUCAUACCAGUAAAUAAAAAUAAAUCUAGGUAUGUUAAAAUUUUCAAUUUUGUUAUGAAAUAGAUUAUUGCUACAAACCUGAUGGCUUGAAUAAUUUAUGCUUGUUAAUAGUUGUAAUUUGUUAGUUAUAAUUAUUCACCUUUUUUAUGUACUGUUUUCUAUAAUUGUUCAUUAUAAAAAAAAUUAUUUUUA